UAUGGGCAAUGAGAUGCGAACAAAAGAAAUCCAAACAUUUCAGAGAAUUGGGGAUUUUUCUGGAAGAACCAAUGGCUUCUGCGGCUGCGUCUUCUCUCACGGCCUCUCAAACCCUAAUUCUCAGAUGCCCUAACUCUGUCUUCCCCCGCAAUUCCCCCACCCUCUCCCUUCCCUCACCUUCAAAACACCACCUCUUGCUUAGCCCUUCCCGACCCACUACUCUCUCGCUCGUCUUACCCCCCGGAAAGCCCCUCACUGUCUCUCUCACUUCAAGAAAAUCCAGGGUUUUUGCUUCUUCUUCUUCUUCUUCUUCUUCCACCCCUGUCCUAGACAAGCCACCAGCUAGCUCCCCAGACACUGCUCAGUCGCUGCUCUCUGGGUCGACUCGGACAAUCGUUACCAUUUUCGCGUUCACCGUUGCAUCUGUCAGACUGGCGGCCUGGAAAAUAUGUGAUGUCGCCAGUAAAUUGAAGACAACCUUUACUAACCCUAGUCCCGAAGAGCUCGCGACGAUUGAGACCCUUCGGGGGAGCUUGGUUUACACGGUUGGGCCGUUGUUUUUUGCCGCUCUUAAGGACCGUGGACACUUGAACACGCCCUUGACGGUGGUUGCCUCCGGCAUGGCGAAAUGGCUCGAUAUAUACGGUGGAGUUUUGAUGGUUAGGGUUUUGCUCAGUUGGUUUCCCAACAUUCCGUGGGAUCGCCAGCCGUUGUCAGCGAUUCGGGACUUGUGUGAUCCUUAUUUGAAUCUUUUCAGGAACAUAAUUCCACCUAUAUUUGAUACUUUGGAUGUUAGCCCGCUUUUGGCUUUUGCAGUGCUGGGGAGCCUUGGCUCCAUACUCAACAGCAGCAGAUGAGCAUUCUAAAUAAUAUUGCAGGGCUUGGUGGUAGAUAAUUGUAUGCCAGUUAUAUUGAGCGAGGACUACGAUGGAUCAGUCUGAUAAGUUUUGUUUUACUGUUAUUUUAACGCGUUCCCUUUUGGCCUGUUUAAUACUCUUGCAUUAAUGUGAUUCAAUUAAAUAGAAUUCAAUAAUUCCAGGUGCUA